AUGGAAGCGACACAUCCCGAAUCUUUGCCUAGUCAUCAUGAACUUAAUUUUGUACCAGCAGAUCCUCUAACAAUGGCUGAUCGUCAUAUUAUUGCAAAACAUGGAAUUCGCGAUAUGGCAGAACAGUCUGGAAUGAUUGCAUCUUUUAUGGCUAAAUUUAGUUCAACUGCGUUUGGUAAUGCUUGUCAUAUUCAUAAUGCUGAAACAGGAAAAAAUUCAUUUUAUGAUCAAAAUGAUGAAUAUGGAAUGUCAACAUUAGCCCGUAAUUGGAUUGCUGGAUUAUUGAAAUACGUGCCCGAAGCGGCUUAUUUCUUUGCUCCCUACAUCAACUCCUAUAAAAGACUUCAACCGAAUACUUUCGCGCCAACAAAAUGUUGUUGGGCAAUUGACAAUCGAACAAGCGCAUUUCGACUUUGUAAUUCAAAAUCAGCUGGAAUUAAUGUUGAGCUGCGUAUCGGCGGCGCCGAUUUGAAUCCUUAUUUAGCUUUUUCUGCAAUCAUAGCCGCAGGAAUUAGCGGGAUAGAAGAAAAGCUUGAACUUCCGUCACCUGCAUCUGGCAAUGUUUACGAUGUUAAGGAAUUACCUGAAUUUCCUAAUUCCUUACAUAAAGCUACACAUCUUCUAAAAGAAUCGAAAAUGCUGAAUAAAACAUUUGGGGAGAAGUUGAUUCUACAUUAUGUUAACGCUGCUAAUGUUGAAAUUAAUGAAUUUUCAAAACAAGUUACCGACUGGGAGCUUAAUCAAGGAUUUAAUAGAUAUUAA